GUCAGGCGCUGGCGGCGGCGGCGGCCCCGCUCCCUUUCCCCCGCCGGACCCGGCUCUGCCCCAGCGCUCACGCCCCACCGAGUCCUCUGCCCUCCCGCCGCGGCCCCGAUCCGGGGCGCGGCUGCCGCUGGCACCAUGCACCCGGCAGCCCUGCUGCUCCUGCCCUCGCUGCUGGCACUCCUGGCUCAUGGACUCUCCUCAGAGAUCCCAACCAUGGGUGAAGGGCAGGCCCCAGGCAUUGAGGAGAUGGAUGGGGAGCUGACAGCAGCCCCCACACCUGAGCAACCAGAACGAGGCAUCCACUUCGUCACAACAGCACCCACUCUGAAGCUGCUAAACCACCACCCGCUGCUAGAGGAAUUCCUACACGAGGGUCUGGAGGGGGCAGAGGAGGAGCUGAGGCCUGCGCUGCCUUUCCAGCCUAAUCCACCUGCUCCCUUCACUCCAAGUCCCCUCCCUCGCCUCACCAACCAGGAUAGCCGCCCCGUCUUCACCAGCCCAACUCCAGCCAUAGCUGCAAUACCCACUCAACCCCAGUCCAGGGAGGGCCUCUGGAGCCUGCAGUCAGAGCCCUCUGCACUUCACAUCACAGCUCCUCUACCUCCAGGCCCCAGCAUGGCAGUGCCCACCCCAGGCCCAGGGGAGAAACCUGUUACUACGCCCCCUGGCAGGGCAUGGACUCCAACCCAAGAAGGUCCAGGAGACAUGGGCAGGCCAUGGGUUCCAGAGGUCAUGUCCCAGACCGCAGGGCUCAGGCUCAAGGGGACCACUGCCACCUCCACAGCUUCAGGGGAUGACGAGGAGACAACUACCACUACCACUAUCAUCACCACCACCAUCACCACAGUCCAGGCACCAGGCCCUUGUAGCUGGAAUUUCUCAGGCCCAGAGGGCUCUCUGGACUCCCCCACAGCCUCCAGCUCACCCCCUGAUGUUGGCCUGGACUGUUUCUACUACAUCUCCGUCUAUCCUGGCUACGGUGUAGAAAUCAAGGUCCAGAACAUCAGCCUCCGAGAGGGAGAGACGGUGACCGUGGAGGGCCUAGGGGGGCCGGACCCACUGCCCCUGGCCAACCAAUCUUUCCUGCUGAGAGGCCAAGUCAUCCGAAGCCCCACACACCAAGCGGCCCUGAGGUUCCAGAGCCUCCCACCACCUGCUGGGCCUGGCACCUUCCAUUUUCACUACCAAGCUUAUAUCCUGAGCUGCCACUUUCCCAGACGACCGGCUUACGGAGACGUGACUGUCACAAGCCUCCACCCAGGAGGCAGUGCCCGCUUCCACUGUGCCACUGGCUACCAGCUGAAGGGCGCCAGGCUCCUUACCUGUCUCAAUGCCACCCAGCCCUUCUGGGAUUCCCAGGAGCCUGUCUGCAUUGCUGCCUGCGGUGGGGUGAUUCGCAAUGCCACCACUGGUCGCAUCGUCUCUCCGGGCUUCCCGGGCAACUACAGCAACAACCUCACCUGCCACUGGCUGCUUGAGGCUCCUGAGGGCCAGCGGCUGCACCUGCACUUUGAGAAGGUUUCCCUGGCAGAGGAUGAUGACAGGCUCAUCAUUCGCAAUGGAGACAACGUGGAGGCUCCGCCCGUGUACGAUUCCUACGAGGUGGAGUACCUGCCCAUUGAGGGCCUGCUCAGCUCGGGCCGACACUUCUUUGUAGAGCUCAGUACUGACAGCAGUGGGGCAGCUGCAGGCAUGGCCCUACGCUACGAGGCUUUCCAGCAGGGCCAUUGCUAUGAGCCUUUCGUCAAAUAUGGCAACUUCAGCAGCAGUGCACCUUCCUAUCCUGUGGGAACCACUGUGGAGUUUAGCUGCGACCCUGGCUACACCCUGGAGCAGGGCUCCAUCAUCAUCGAAUGUGUUGAUCCCCAUGACCCCCAGUGGAAUGAGACAGAGCCAGCCUGCAGAGCUGUGUGCAGUGGGGAGAUCACAGACUCGGCUGGCGUGGUGCUCUCUCCCAACUGGCCGGAGCCCUAUGGCCGUGGACAGGACUGCAUCUGGGGUGUGCAUGUGGAAGAGGACAAGCGCAUCAUGCUGGACGUCCGAGUGCUACGCAUCGGCCCUGGUGACGUGCUUACUUUCUAUGACGGGGAUGACCUGACAGCCCGGGUCCUGGGCCAGUACUCAGGGCCUCGUGGCCACUUCAAGCUCUUUACCUCCAUGGCUGACGUCACUAUCCAAUUUCAGUCGGACCCCGGGGCCUCGGUGCUGGGCUACCAGCAGGGCUUCGUCAUCCACUUCUUUGAGGUACCCCGCAAUGACACAUGUCCAGAGCUGCCUGAGAUCCCCAAUGGCUGGAAGAGCCCGUCGCAGCCUGAGUUGGUACAUGGCACCGUGGUCACUUACCAGUGCUACCCUGGCUACCAGGUGGUGGGAUCCAGUGUCCUCAUGUGUCAGUGGGACCUAACCUGGAGUGAGGAUGUGCCCUCCUGCCAGCGGGUGACUUCCUGCCACGACCCUGGGGAUGUGGAACACAGCCGACGCCUCAUAUCCAGCCCCAAGUUUCCUGUGGGGGCCACCGUGCAGUAUAUCUGUGAUCAGGGUUUUGUGCUGACGGGUAGCGCCAUCCUCACCUGCCAUGACCGCCAGGCUGGCAGCCCCAAGUGGAGUGACCGGGCCCCCAAAUGUCUCUUGGAACAGCUCAAGCCAUGCCAUGGCCUCAGUGCCCCCGAGAAUGGUGCCCGCAGUCCUGAGAAGAGGCUACAUCCAGCAGGGGCCACCAUCCACUUCUCAUGUGCCCCUGGCUAUGUGCUAAAAGGCCAGUCCAGCAUCAAGUGUGUUCCCGGGCACCCCUCACACUGGAGUGACCCCCCACCCACCUGUAGGGCCGCCUCUCUGGAUGGGUUCUACAGCGGCCGCAGCCUGGAUGUUGCCAAGGCGCCUGCUGCCUCCAACACCCUGGAUGCUGGCCACAUUGCAGCUGCCAUCUUCUUGCCACUAGUGGCAAUGGUGUUGCUGGUGGGAGGUGUGUAUCUCUAUUUCUUCAGGCUCCAGGGAAAAAGCCCUCUUCAGCUGCCCCAGACACACCCCCGCCCCUAUGACCGCAUCACCGUGGAGUCAGCAUUUGAUAAUCCAACUUAUGAGACUGGAUUUCUUUCCUUUGCAGGAGACGAGAGAAUAUGAAGUCUCCAUCUAGGUGAAGGCAGCCUGGGAAGCCGGCUCAGCCCUCCAUCAUGGCGAGCCACAGGGCUCCUGGUUUCCUGCUGUCCCUCCACUUCCUGUACAUACCACCUGGGAAGAGAUGCCACCAAUCCCUCAAGAAGUUGUGCCCUUCCUCACCUGCAAUGCCUACUAGGGCCUAUUUCCUUGGUAUCGGUGCCCUGGGGUCC